AUGUCGGGCAUCUCAUUUGACUUAAACGAGCUACUAUACGCAAGGCCAGAUAGUGAGAUCACGGCUCGAGCGAUAAUGAACGACUUCUUGGAUGCGAAGUGUAAAGGGCUAAAGGAUUACGACUUCUUCAAGGAACACUUGCUAUCCAAAAGCGUGUGGUGCUCCUUAAAGCAAAAGGGCUACGCUAAUAAGAUGAGGACCCGCCAAAACCUAAGAGCAUUCCGGACAAAAUCAGCUCUUACUAAGGAUAGCGUACAGAUUUCCGUGCCCAACCUUAGCAACCCGAAAAGGGGAUCUAGCACCCUCGGACGUACCGACAAGCUCCCUAGAUCUUUUAAUAAGCUACGUAUCGACAAAAAGGAUAUUAAGGGUAUAAGAAUCGCUAAGAGCGCGCUUAAGACCUUAGCGAUCCUGACGAUGAUCGACGAAAAGAAAACGAAGGAGAUUAGCAAAGAGAUCGAAGCUACGGGUACGGAAAAGGACCCCGGAUUCGAAAAUGAGCCUCUUAAAGACCUUAAAAGAGGACGGACCAUCGGCAAUUAUAUUAAUAACCUUUUACCGAUCAGAUUAUUAGCUAAGCAAAGCACGCCUGCGUACGGCAUUUUAAGCGCUUUUAACGAUGAUAGAGACGAUUUCCUUAAGCUAAGGGCAGCAGACCCUUACUUAAGAGCGAAGGAAUUAGCUUUAUUCGCGCGAAGCUUUCUUAAGGAGCUAAACGAGUGCUUUGAGAAGCUCGCUAAAGAGCUCAAAGAGAUUCAAGGCUCUUUACGACUAGGUUUAAAGGAUGAUCGAAGUCUUGCUGACAAGCUGUAUUUAGCUUAUAAAAACGUGCUAAAGACUACGAUUACACGAAUGAACCUUGCCUUUACUUCUACCGCCGCAGUUGCCGACAUUCGCAAAGCUAUUGCGUUUGCAACUGAGACCUCUCGACCUCUUGCCAAAGCGAAGGCUGACUUCGAUUUGGACGAGGAAUACGAAUGCUUUAUUCAAGACCGUCAAUACUUCGGAGGUAAGAAAGCUGCUAAGGCUAUUAAAGCUAGAGAUUCAGACGGCAUUCUACGCUUUUACCAGCUAAGUAAAGACUUAAAAGAUGCUCGAGCAAGAUCCGCGUAUGCCCGCGGCACCUUAAGGCAGAUGCUUGUAAAAGCCUAUCACAGCGUCGGGCUAGUGGAACGCUACUACGUCUUUGUGCGACGCGCUUUUGAGAUCGUCACAAAAGAGCUUUUAAAAGCCCUAAAGGAAGACCGGCUUUAA